CCAACAACCACAACCACAACUAUAGAAACACCAACAACCAUAACUAUAGAAACACCAUCAACCACAACUAUAGAAACACCAUCAACCACAACUAAAGAAACAUCAACAACCACACCUACAACAUCCACAACUAUAGAAACACACACAACAAUAACCACAGAAACACCAACAGCCACAACAAAGACAACUGUAACUACAGAAUCGCCCACAACAACAAUAACCACAGAAGCAACAACAGGAACAACUACAAGUCCACCUAUUUUUACUAUGACAGGAUCUACACCCACAAUAGCAUCAUCAGCACAAGUAAAAUCAACACCAACAAUAAAAGAGCCUCUAUGUUCAGGGACAUGGUCAGAAUGGAGUAACACCAUGAAACCAACUUCAGAAAAUGAUGGGGAUUAUGAGCCAGUAAACAGCUCCACAUGUACUAAUGGAAUUGAAAAUAUUCAGUGCCAAUCUACUACAACUGGUUCUGCGAGGCAAAAAGUGACAUGUGACAAAAACAAAGGCUUAAUUUGUUAUAAUAAAGACCAAAAUAAUGGUCUGUGUAAUGAUUAUAAGAUUAGAAUUUGUUGUGUUGCCAUUACUCCAACAACUACUCAAGUAACAGUAACAACAACACUGGAAACCAGAACACCAACAACAGCAACAUCAUCGGAAACCACAACACCACCACCACCAACAACAACAAUAAUAACACCAGAGCCUCUAUGUUCAGGGACAUGGUCAGAAUGGAGUAACACGAUGAAACCAACUUCAGAAAAUGAUGGGGAUUAUGAGCCAGUAAACAGCUCCACAUGUACUAAUGGAAUUGAAAAUAUUCAGUGCCAAUCUACUACAACUGGUUCUGCUAGGCAAAAAGUGACAUGUGACAAAAACAAAGGCUUAAUUUGUUAUAAUAAAGACCAAAAUAAUGGUCUGUGUAAUGAUUAUAAGAUUAGAAUUUGUUGUGUUGCCAUUACUCCAACAACUACUCAAGUAACAGUAACAACAACACCGGAAACCAGAACACCAACAACAGCAACAACACCGGAAACCACAACACCACCACCACCAACAACAACAAUAGUAACACCAGAGCCUCUAUGUUCAGGGACAUGGUCAGAAUGGAGUAACACGAUGAAACCAACUUCAGAAAAUGAUGGGGAUUAUGAGCCAGUAAACAGCUCCACAUGUACUAAUGGAAUUGAAAAUAUUCAGUGCCAAUCUACUACAACUGGUUCUGCUAGGCAAAAAGUGACAUGUGACAAAAACAAAGGCUUAAUUUGUUAUAAUAAAGACCAAAAUAAUGGUCUGUGUAAUGAUUAUAAGAUUAGAAUUUGUUGUGUUGCCAUUACUCCAACAACUACUCAAGUAACAGUAACAACAACACCGGAAACCAGAACACCAACAACAGCAACAACACCGGAAACCACAACACCACCACCACCAACAACAACAAUAAUAACACCAGAGCCUCUAUGUUCAGGGACAUGGUCAGAAUGGAGUAACACGAUGAAACCAACUUCAGAAAAUGAUGGGGAUUAUGAGCCAGUAAACAGCUCCACAUGUACUAAUGGAAUUGAAAAUAUUCAGUGCCAAUCUACUACAACUGGUUCUGCUAGGCAAAAAGUGACAUGUGACAAAGACAAAGGCUUAAUUUGUAAUAAUAAAGACCAAAAUAAUGGUCUGUGUAAUGAUUAUAAGAUUAGAAUUUGUUGUGUUGCCAUUACUCCAACAACUACUCAAGUAACAGUAACAACAACACCGGAAACCAGAACACCAACAACAGCAACAACACCGGAAACCACAACACCACCACCACCAACAACAACAAUAAUAACACCAGAGCCUCUAUGUUCAGGGACAUGGUCAGAAUGGAGUAACACGAUGAAACCAACUUCAGAAAAUGAUGGGGAUUAUGAGCCAGUAAACAGCUCCACAUGUACUAAUGGAAUUGAAAAUAUUCAGUGCCAAUCUACUACAACUGGUUCUGCUAGGCAAAAAGUGACAUGUGACAAAAACAAAGGCUUAAUUUGUUAUAAUAAAGACCAAAAUAAUGGUCUGUGUAAUGAUUAUAAGAUUAGAAUUUGUUGUGUUGCCAUUACUCCAACAACUACUCAAGUAACAGUAACAACAACACCGGAAACCAGAACACCAACAACAGCAACAACACCGGAAACCACAACACCACCACCACCAACAACAACAAUAAUAACACCAGAGCCUCUAUGUUCAGGGACAUGGUCAGAAUGGAGUAACACGAUGAAACCAACUUCAGAAAAUGAUGGGGAUUAUGAGCCAGUAAACAGCUCCACAUGUACUAAUGGAAUUGAAAAUAUUCAGUGCCAAUCUACUACAACUGGUUCUGCUAGGCAAAAAGUGACAUGUGACAAAGACAAAGGCUUAAUUUGUAAUAAUAAAGACCAAAAUAAUGGUCUGUGUAAUGAUUAUAAGAUUAGAAUUUGUUGUGUUGCCAUUACUCCAACAACUACUCAAGUAACAGUAACAACAACACCGGAAACCAGAACACCAACAACAGCAACAACACCGGAAACCACAACACCACCACCACCAACAACAACAAUAGUAACACCAGAGCCUCUAUGUUCAGGGACAUGGUCAGAAUGGAGUAACACGAUGAAACCAACUUCAGAAAAUGAUGGGGAUUAUGAGCCAGUAAACAGCUCCACAUGUACUAAUGGAAUUGAAAAUAUUCAGUGCCAAUCUACAACAACUGGUUCUGCUAGGCAAAAAGUGACAUGUGACAAAGACAAAGGCUUAAUUUGUAAUAAUAAAGACCAAAAUAAUGGUCUGUGUAAUGAUUAUAAGAUUAGAAUUUGUUGUGUUGCCAUUACUCCAACAACUACUCAAGUAACAGUAACAACAACACCGGAAACCAGAACACCAACAACAGCAACAACACCGGAAACCACAACACCACCACCAACAACAACAACAAUAAUAACACCAGAGCCUCUAUGUUCAGGGACAUGGUCAGAAUGGAGUAACACGAUGAAACCAACUUCAGAAAAUGAUGGGGAUUAUGAGCCAGUAAACAGCUCCACAUGUACUAAUGGAAUUGAAAAUAUUCAGUGCCAAUCUACAACAACUGGUUCUGCUAGGCAAAAAGUGACAUGUGACAAAGACAAAGGCUUAAUUUGUAAUAAUAAAGACCAAAAUAAUGGUCUGUGUAAUGAUUAUAAGAUUAGAAUUUGUUGUGUUGCCAUUACUCCAACAACUACUCAAGUAACAGUAACAACAACACCGGAAACCAGAACACCAACAACAGCAACAACACCGGAAACCACAACACCACCACCAACAACAACAACAAUAAUAACACCAGAGCCUCUAUGUUCAGGGACAUGGUCAGAAUGGAGUAACACGAUGAAACCAACUUCAGAAAAUGAUGGGGAUUAUGAGCCAGUAAACAGCUCCACAUGUACUAAUGGAAUUGAAAAUAUUCAGUGCCAAUCUACUACAACUGGUUCUGCUAGGCAAAAAGUGACAUGUGACAAAAACAAAGGCUUAAUUUGUUACAAUAAAGACCAAAAUAAUGGUCUGUGUAAUGAUUAUAAGAUUAGAAUUUGUUGUGUUGCCAUUACUCCAACAACUACUCAAGUAACAGUAACAACAACACUGGAAACCAGCACACCAACAACAGCAACAACACCGGAAACCACAACACCACCACCAACAACAACAACAAUAAUAACACCAGAGCCUCUAUGUUCAGGGACAUGGUCAGAAUGGAGUAACACGAUGAAACCAACUUCAGAAAAUGAUGGGGAUUAUGAGCCAGUAAACAGCUCCACAUGUACUAAUGGAAUUGAAAAUAUUCAGUGCCAAUCUACUACAACUGGUUCUGCUAGGCAAAAAGUGACAUGUGACAAAAACAAAGGCUUAAUUUGUUACAAUAAAGACCAAAAUAAUGGUCUGUGUAAUGAUUAUAAGAUUAGAAUUUGUUGUGUUGCCAUUACUCCAACAACUACUCAAGUAACAGUAACAACAACACUGGAAACCAGAACACCAACAACAGCAACAACACCGGAAACCACAACACCACCACCACCAACAACAACAAUAAUAACACCAGAGCCUCUAUGUUCAGGGACAUGGUCAGAAUGGAGUAACAGGAUGAAACCAACUUCAGAAAAUGAUGGGGAUUAUGAGCCAGUAAACAGCUCCACAUGUACUAAUGGAAUUGAAAAUAUUCAGUGCCAAUCUACUACAACUGGUUCUGCGAGGCAAAAAGUGACAUGUGACAAAAACAAAGGCUUAAUUUGUUAUAAUAAAGACCAAAAUAAUGGUCUGUGUAAUGAUUAUAAGAUUAGAAUUUGUUGUGUUGCCAUUACUCCAACAACUACUCAAGUAACAGUAAUAACAACACCGGAAACCAGAACACCAACAACAGCAACAACACCGGUAACCACAACACCACCACCAACAACAACAAUAAUAACACCAGAGCCUCUAUGUUCAGGGACAUGGUCAGAAUGGAGUAACACGAUGAAACCAACUUCAGAAAAUGAUGGGGAUUAUGAGCCAGUAAACAGCUCCACAUGUACUAAUGGAAUUGAAAAUAUUCAGUGCCAAUCUACUACAACUGGUUCUGCUAGGCAAAAAGUGACAUGUGACAAAGACAAAGGCUUAAUUUGUAAUAAUAAAGACCAAAAUAAUGGUCUGUGUAAUGAUUAUAAGAUUAGAAUUUGUUGUGUUGCCAUUACUCCAACAACUACUCAAGUAACAGUAACAACAACACCGGAAACCAGAACACCAACAACAGCAACAACACCGGAAACCACAACACCACCACCACCAACAACAACAAUAAUAACACCAGAGCCUCUAUGUUCAGGGACAUGGUCAGAAUGGAGUAACACGAUGAAACCAACUUCAGAAAAUGAUGGGGAUUAUGAGCCAGUAAACAGCUCCACAUGUACUAAUGGAAUUGAAAAUAUUCAGUGCCAAUCUACUACAACUGGUUCUGCUAGGCAAAAAGUGACAUGUGACAAAAACAAAGGCUUAAUUUGUUACAAUAAAGACCAAAAUAAUGGUCUGUGUAAUGAUUAUAAGAUUAGAAUUUGUUGUGUUGCCAUUACUCCAACAACUACUGAAAUAUCUAUGACAACUAGAUCUGAAACCACAACACCAACAACAACAGCAACAACAACAACACCGGAAACCAGAACACCAACAACCACAGCAACAACACCGGAAACUACAACACUGACAAGAACAACAACAAUAAUAACACGAGAGCCAACAGCAACAUCAACAAUAUCAACUCCUGUCUCAUGUUAUUGCGCUGCUGCCAGUGGAAUUAAAUAUAAGUGUGGUGACCACUGGGCUGUAGGUUGUUUCAACUAUACAUGUAUAAAUAAUGUCAUUAUUGAAAGUCGUAAAUGUCUGAUACUGUCUAAACCUACGUGUCAAAAUGGUGUAGAGCCUAGACUGGUUGAUGAUGGUUGUUGUAAAAAAUGGGACUGUGACUGUCAAUGUGAAGUAUUUGGAGAUCCGCAUUACAAAACCUUUAGUGGGACAACAUAUACCUUCUUGGAGAACUGCACCUAUACCCUUGUUGAAGAAAAGUCUCCAAUACAUAAUUUUUCAAUUGCAGUUGACAAUUAUAACUGUAUUCCAAGUUACAAAGCAUCUUGUGCCAGAGGCCUUAUAUUAAAAUAUAAAAACAGCAUGGUGACACUCAGCAUAGAGAAUUAUAAAAUUGUGUCCAAGUUCAACAAUAAACAGGUGAAUUUUCCCUAUGAAAAUGAUGGAAUUCAGCUGGAGUCAACAGGGAUUUCAGUAAAAGUCUUUAUUCCUGCAAUUCAAACUAGGGUAUCCCUAGCAAGUUACAAUGAAAUCAAUAUCAGAAUUCCAAUGAGUAUUUUUGAGAACAAUACACAAGGACAGUGUGGUGUGUGUGGUGGAACAUCCUGUAUCCGUAAAGAUGGGAGGAAUGAAAUUGAUUCCUGCUGUGACAAGACUGCUUAUGACUGGAUAUACGAAGACGCCAGUAAACCAUACUGCAAGUCAGCCCCCAAAAAUGUGCCCUGCAGUACUACCCCACCCACUCUACCCCCAUGCUCUUCAAAACCAACGAUAAAUAAUACAACUUUAUGUUGGCUACUCAGCAGUAGUGUUUUUGACGAAUGUCGAAAAAAAGUAAAUCUUUCAGACUAUGAAGCAGCCUGCAAAUAUGAUCACUGUAUGUUAAACAAUACAAAAAUGGACUGUUCAAGUAUAGCACGAGCUGCAGAGCGUUGUAUGGAAAAUAAUAUCUGUGUUGAAUGGACUAAACAUACAAAUGGAAUAUGUGGUCAAAACUGCUCCGAAGGAUUGGUUUAUGGUGCAUGUCACAAAGGGAUGGAUGAUUACUGCCAGGCAGGAGAGCGUAAAUCUGGAAACGACUUGGAAGAAAUGACAUCUGGAUGCUUCUGCCCCGAUGGGUUAAUUCGUGCAGAUAAAAGCAGUGAUAAGUGUAUUCGAAACUGCACCUACUGCAAAGGACCAAAUGGAGAGCACAAAGCGAUUGGAGAGACAUGGAAAUACAAUUGCAAAAUUUGCACAUGUAGCAAAAGCACACUGAUGGAAGAAUGUGUUGAGGAAAAGCAUAUAAUACCCUCCUGUGAGGAUUAUCAGACUCUGGUAGUCAACAAUGCAACUGAUUCCUGUGAAAUUGCACAUUGUGUCAAUACAACCUGCCAGCAUGGAGGGAAAACAUAUCAGAUUGGAGAUCAAUGGCAUGACGCAAAAAAGCCAUGCCAUUCUUACAGCUGUAACAAGAGUGGCAUUAACGAGAAGAUUCAAGUGUGCCCACUACAAAACUGCCCUGAUAGCCAAAAAGUUUGGGAUGACAACAAGUGCUGCUUCACAUGUAAAGGAUCAUGUGUACCGAAGACCUCUAAUAAAACUAUACAGAUAGAAGAUUGUUCAGCAGUUGUGACAGUGACCGAAUGUGAAGGCCAGUGCCAAUCUGGAUCAAGCUUCUUUUUAAACACAGAUUCCAGUUCCGGUUCUAUGAUGACAAUUUGCAAGUGUUGCCAGCCAAAGACUGAGGAAAAAAGAAUCGCAACUUUGGCCUGCUCUGGAUCUAAUACCAGACGUUUUAAGUACACUUAUGUAACAAGCUGUAACUGUGAGGACUGUCCUGGGAAAUAAUUUCCAGUUCAAUACAUUUCUCUUAUUGUAUUUCCACUAACAAGCUGUUGAAGUUAAAUUACAAUGAAACUCUUUCUGUUGAUGGUAUUAUUGGGGCACCUCUGUUUACUUGAAAUUAUUGAAAUCAAUAAAACUUCUUGCAUAUGA